CGGGGGCGUCACGUGGGCUAGCCCGUGCGGAAGAGCCGGGAGGCCGUGUCACGUGAUGCGCGUCCCCGGAAUGGAGCUGCAAGAAGGAACACCCUUGUGGCGGCUGCAGAAACUCCCCGGGGAGCUGGGUCCGCAGUUACUCCACAAAGUAAUUGAUGGCAUUUGUGGCCAAGCUUUUCCUCUCUAUCAAGAUUACCAGAAUGUCUGGGAUUCAGCAGAAUGGACAUAUGUUCUAGAAGAUAUCACCAAAUUUUUCAAAGUUGCAGUUGGUAAAAAUUUAUCUGAUGAAGAGAUAUUUCAGCAAUUGAAUCAAUUGAAUUCAUCUCAUCAGGAAACUGUCAUGAAAUGCUUGAAAAGUAGAAAAGAUGACAUCAAGCAGACUUUAUUAGAAGAAAUAGUUAAUAUUUCUUCUGCACAGCUAAAGGAUUUUGAUUGGCAGUUGAAGCUAGCUCUUUCUAGUGACAAGAUUGCGACACUACAAAUGCCACUUUUAAACCUUCAUCUCGAUGUUAGAGAAAAUGGCGAAGUUAAACCGUAUUCUGUUGAAAUGAGUAAAGAAGAGUUGCAGAAUCUAAUUGAUUCCUUGGAAGCUGCCAACAAGGUUCUCCAGCCUUUGAAAUAGCUGGAAAUGAGAACCAGCACCAGCAAAUUCCACUGGCUACAACUGUUAUGCAGAGUGGUACUCAAAAAACCUGCGGAUUUUGUCUUUUAUAUCAAGCUGGGGAAAGCAGUGUUGAGAUUACAAAGAUCAAAGAUAAAAAAAAAUCAUCUUUUCUGAAGAACAGGAAAUUACACAGGAAAUGCAUUAAAAAAUGAAAGAAGAAAAAGCUAUAAUAGCAAUUUAUAUUUUCAGGGUGAUCGUUGUCUCAUUAAAUAUUUCAAAAAUCCUUAUAGAUAGAUCAUGCUGGUUUAUUGAAAGCUAAAAGUAGACUUUAAAGUAAUAAGCAUAUAAAGCACAAAUGUACUUAAGUAUUGCUUUGAAAAGUUAUGUGAUUGGCAAGGAAAUAUACAUACUCUGGGGUCAGUAGUUUGUGGUUUUUUUGAAAGAUUACUUUUAAAGAAUGUGUAAGCUGCAUAUGUUAACUGAGGAGAUUUCCUAACUUUCAUAUGUCAAAGGAAAGGUUGUAAAUAAAAAAUUUCUUCAAAAAAGAAGCUCUGUAGGCUUCAGCAAGAAAAAUAUCCUACAUUUAUGAACAAUUUAAAUUACAGAAACUAAAAUUUUAUACCAGAAGCAGGAAAAAGUGAAAACAUAUCUGCAUUUCUGUCUAAUCUAGAAAAUGAGCUUUAAUAAUAUUUUGUAGUGUAAAUAUUGCUGUGUAAAUAUCAGCCAAGACUGUAGAGGUUUACUUCUGUUAUAAAUAAUAGUGGAUUUAAUAGUUUUAGAUGUUAACUUCAUUGGGAAAAAAUACAUUCUUGAUAUCAUUUAACUAAUAGUGAACAUUUUGAACAAAUAAAAAGUUUGUA